AUGAGUAGCAGUUAUUUAGAAACAUGGAAUUCAAUUAAAGAGCAUGAUUAUAAAAUUGUUUAUAGCAAGUGUUUAUACAGAAGUAAUAGUAAUAAUAAUUUCAGUUUCGGAAUACAACUACAAAUCCAAAAUACAGAGGGUGAUCACGGGUUUCCGAACGAUAA